ACUGAAUGUUUGGUGUGUGACACACGGCAUAGAGCUGUCGACAGGCCGGUCAGUCAGCGGGCUCCAUAGUCGUUCCGGGCCUAUCGGACACCAGCAGGAACUCCAACUCUGGCCUUGGGCCGCGCUAGUUGCAUCGCAUCUGUCGAUCUUCCACCAACGCCGCCACGAUGGCGUUCCGCCGUAUCCCUCCUAACGAGGAAGAGGAGUCGUCCUUCUCGUCAACGUCCACCAUGGAUUCGGACUACGAGAUCCCCGUGGCGCUACAGCGACUGCACGUGUGGAGCAACGAGCGCGUGUCCACCAAGGUCUCACAGGCGCUCAGCACCAUGAAUACAAUCCGUGAGAGCGAGUCCAUGCGCUUCAGCAUGGUCACGGCCAACAAGUGGAAGAAAAUGGGCUACCAUCCUUACAAACCCGACGCGUCCGGGUACACGGCGCUCCACCGCGCCGCCAAACGCGGCGACGAGGCUGUCGUGGCCUCACUGCUCGCCAUGUACGACGGCAAAGCCAUCGACCUGGCCUCCAUCAAGUCUUACAAACAGCAACAGAUCGCGCUGCAUAUUGCAGCCAAGUACGGCAACCUCGAGGCCGCGCGACUGCUUGCCGCGCCAGAAUUCCGAGGGCUCGUCAACAUGCCAGAUCGCAAUGGCAACACGCCACUACAUUUUGCUGCGACAUGCUCAGCGCCUUCAGCGUCGGAUGUAGUCGCGCUAUUACUCAUGCGUGGGGCAGACCCGACUAUCAAGAGCAAGCGAGACGUCUUCCCGAUUAUCGCACACGUUCUCACGGCACAGGACGACGACCCGGAGAUUGUACAGUUACUGAUGAAGAACGGCAGCGACCCCAACACUAUCGAUGGAGCUGGCAAUACUGUGCUGCAUAUUGCUGUAUCACAGGGACUAUGGAAGGUCGCUGCGGCGCUAGUAAGAGAGCAAGCCGGCAUGACGAUCCGUAACAACCAAGGAGUGAUGGUCUUGGAUAUUCUAUCGCCACCACAGCUCGCGUGGCUGGCCAAGUUCAUCGUGCACCCACCAGAAUGGGUACCUUACGAAACUCAACGCUCGUGUAUGGUGUGCUCACGCAAGUUUGGACUUCUAGUUCGACGCCACCACUGCCGACUAUGCGGACGCAUUUGUUGUGGGCCAUGCUCCAAGUACAAGCGUCGUCUCCCCUUUACAGAUAUGUCCGUCAAGCCGACAAGUAAAGGGCGCGACGAAAUGAUGAAGGUCUGCAGUACCUGCAUUACUGUCCGCGAAGUCGCAAGCGAGGACUUGUCGUGGCAAACCACCACGGCAGACCGACUGAUUGCAAGCGACGCUGUUAUCGACUAUGAUGAUGAUUAUUAGUGGAAAAAGAGCCUUCGAAUGAAGAAGAUCGCGCGUCAUUGAUCAGAGGAGGAACGCUUCUUCUGUCGAUGAGAGCACCACUUUACUCCACGCAAAUUGGCUGUACCUUACCAAGUUAUCAGGGCAUUUUUCUGGUCUUCAUAUCCGCUAGAAUGCACAAUUCGAGUAAAUCGAAGUUAGUUUUACAAGCUCUUGUCUGUCAUUCCAUC